AUGCUACGGGGACGGCGCGGGGAUGGGCGCGCGGCAAAGGGCGCCCCUGGGCCCGUUGUCCCACCUCGGCCAUCUCCGAUCCGCGGCCUCGCAUCCACAAAGGGACUGAGGGGGUUUCAAGCGGUCCGCCGACGCGGCCGCGCCCUAUCUGCACCACCGGGGCCAUGUUUGCCGGGGAUUCGGUGCCAUUCAGCUAGAAAAGCAACCAGCAAGACAGCGGGUGAAGCGGUAGCACCGGCUGCAUCAAAGGGCACCUAUGUUGAGGCUUCAGAAGAAGUGUCGCUAAGGAAGGCCGUGGUGGAAGAAGGCACUGCAGCCACCCAGCUUGGAGUGCAGGAGGUUGGCAGCAGCAAUGGAGCAGGCAUAGGAAUGCAGGAAGAAGGCCUCCUUUCAUUUGACUUUUCUAGAUGGCCCAGGAGGUGGACCAUCGUGGGAUUGUGUUGUGCGGCCUUCAUGCUGUGCAACAUGGACAGGGUGAACAUGAGCAUAUCCAUUCUGCCCAUGUCAGACGAGUUUCAAUGGAACAGCCAAGUCAAGGGACUGGUGCAGUCAUCAUUCUUUUGGGGUUAUUUAUUGACACAAAUCGUAGGAGGGAUAUGGGCUGAUCGGUUUGGCGGCAAGAAGGUCCUGGCAUUCGGCGUAGUGUGGUGGUCCAUGGCGACAGCUUUAACACCCCUGGCUGCAAGUGCUGGACUGCCAUAUUUGCUGGCGGCCAGGGCCUGCAUGGGUGUGGGUGAAGGUGUAGCCAUGCCAGCCAUGAAUAAUCUUCUGUCAAGAUGGAUCCCUCAACAGGAGCGGUCGCGCUCGCUGGCAUUGGUGUACAGUGGAAUGUUCUUUGGUUCCAUCGCAGGGUUGUCCAUAUCCCCCCACAUGAUCCAGUUGCUGGAGUGGCCAUCCGUUUUUUAUACCUUUGGCUCUAUGGGGCUCGUUUGGUACUUGGUUUGGCAAAGAUUCGCUGGCAGUAAUCCAAAGGAGGACAUUUUAAUAUCAGAGAAAGAAAGAAAGUUCAUCAUGGAGAACAACACCAACCAGGACUCUGUGGACAGAAUUCCCUGGGCCUUGCUGCUGUCGAAGAAGGAGGUGUGGGCCAUAAUCGUGUGCCAUUUCUGCCACAACUGGGGCACGUUCAUCUUGUUGACAUGGACGCCCACGUACUACAACCAGGUGCUGGGCAUGGAUCUCAUGAGCUCUGGCCUGUUCUCCGUCCUCCCAUGGAUCACCAUGGCCGUCUGCUCCAACUUUGGUGGCUGGAUCGCCGACAGCAUGGUGCAACGGGGCAUGAGCGUGACAGCCGUGAGGAAGGUCAUGCAAUCGAUUGGCUUCCUCGGCCCCGCAUUUUUCCUCACGCAGCUUGGAAGGGUCAACACAGUCCCCGAGGCGGUGGCCUGCAUGAUGUGCUCUCAAGGCCUGGACGCAUUCAGCCAAUCGGGGCUGUACUCCAACCACCAAGACAUCGGGCCAAAGUAUGCCGGCGUGCUGCUGGGGAUGUCCAACACCGCUGGGGUGCUGGCUGGCGUCAUGGGCACCUACGCCACCGGCCACAUCCUGCAAAGCGGCACAUGGGAUGACGUGUGGGGUGUCGCGGUCGCGCUGUACUUAACGGGGACGGUCAUCUGGAAUUUGUUUUCUACAGGAGAGCGUGUGUUCGAAUGA